UGUGUUGGGGAGGAAUCCUAUCUACAUAUUUCUUCUUUCAGCCUCAUCCAAGGGUCGUGGUUGGAACUUUCCAUCAAUUCUUUCUUUAUUCUCUCUCGCCUUUGCCUCCCCACGCUGCCUGUCACGGUGAAGUCUGCCGCAGCCCUUCAGAGCCUGGCUGUUAAACUCUGUUAAAUUUGUCAUAAGAGUGUCAGGUAUUUCUUACUGCCUUCCAAAAAAACUUAAAUCUUUCCUGGAGCGUCCCUUUCCAGCUGCAUUUGGAAGUUAUUUUGAGUUGAAGGAGAAGGAACUGGAGGGCAACAGCAAAACAGCAGAGUGAAAAAUGCCCCGGGGCUGCAGGCCAGCCUGGGUGGACGCGCUUGGGGUCAGGCAUAGUCACUCAGCCAGGGCUAUGCUCGUGCAAAAUCAAGUUGCUUUCUAGUGAAAGUUCAAACCCAUCAAGAUUAUGCUGUCCUCACUUACCAUUCUGUUGUCAAUAGUUUUUAAAUGUAGUUUUGUUAGUGUCUCAGCACUGCAGCAGCGGAACUGUUCCCAACGUCCUCCCUCCGGGAAUGAGAUUUCCACUUGUGUGGGUCCUGCACCUUUCUUAAUUUUCUCCCAUGGAAAUAGUAUCUUUAGGAUUGACCUGGAAGGAACUAAUCAUGAGCAAUUGGUGGCAAAUGCUGGCAAUUCAGUGAUCAUGGAUUUUUAUUACAAAGAGGAAAGAAUCUAUUGGGUGGAUUUAGAAAGAAAACUUUUGCAAAGAGUGUUUCUGAAUGGGACAAGACAAGAGAGAGUGUGCAAUAUAGAGAAAAAUGUUUCAGGAAUGGUAAUUAAUUGGAUAAAUGAAGAAGUUAUUUGGUCAAAUCAACAGGAAGGAAUCAUUACAGUGACAGAUAUGAAAGGAAACAAUUCCCGUGUUCUCCUAAACGGCUUGAAUUAUCCUGCAAAAAUAGCAGUUGAUCCAGUAGACAGGUUCAUAUUCUGGUCUUCAGAGGCGGCUGGCAGCAUCCACAGAGCUGAUCUUGAUGGUGUGGAAGUGAAGAUUCUAUUAGAGACAUCGGAGAAGAUAACAGCUGUGUCGUUGGAUGUGCUUGAUAAACGGCUCUUUUGGAUUCAGUACAAUAGAGAAGAAAGCCAUUCUCAUGUUGGUUCCUGUGAUUAUGAUGGAGGGUCUGUCUGUCUUAGCAAACAUCUUACACAGCACAAUUUGUUUGCAAUAUCCCUUUUUGGUGACCGUAUCUUCUAUUCAGCAUGGAAAAGGAAGACAAUUUGGAUAGCCAACAAAUAUACUGGGAAGGAUAUGGUUAAAAUUAACCUCAAUCCAUCAUCUGUACCACCUGGUGAAAUUAAAGUGGUGCAUCCCCUGGUACAGCCCCAGGCAAAGGGUGAAGCCUGGGAGUCUGAUCAGAGAUUUUGCAAAUCAAGGAAAGGAAGCUGCAGAAGCAGUGUCUGUGGGCAAGACCCCAAGUCCCAUCUGUGCACUUGUGCCGAGGGAUUUACUUUAAGCCAAGACGGGCAGUACUGUGAAGAUGUCAAUGAAUGUGCCUUUUGGAAUCAUGGCUGUACUCUUGGGUGUGAAAACACCCCCGGAUCCUAUUACUGCACAUGCCCUGUAGGAUUUGUUCUGCUUCCAGAUGGGAAACGAUGCCAUGAAUUAGUUUCCUGCCCGAACAAUGUGUCUGAAUGCAGCCAUGGCUGUGUUCUGACAUCAGAUGGCGGCCCCAUAUGUUUCUGUCCUGAAGGCUCAGUGCUUGAGGCAGAUGAAAAAACCUGUAGUGGCUGUUCGUCUCCUGAUAAUGGUGGAUGUAGCCAGCUCUGCAUCCCUCUCAGCCCAGUGUCCUGGGAAUGUGGUUGUAUUCCUGGGUAUGACCUACAGCUGGACCAAAAAAGCUGUGCAGCUUCAGGUCCACUACCAUUUUUGCUGUUUGCCAAUUCUCAAGAUAUUCGACAGAUCCGUUUUGAUGGAACAGAUUAUGGAACCCUGCUUAGCCAGCAGAUUGGAACGGUUUUUGCCUUAGAUCAUGACCCUGUGGAAAAUAAGAUAUACUUUGCCCAUACAGCCCUGAAGCGGAUAGAGAGAGCGAAAGUUGAUGGUUCAGAGCGAGAAAGCCUUAUUGAGGAAGCAUUAGAUGUGCCAGAAGGCCUUGCUGUCGACUGGAUUGACCGGAAAUUCUACUGGACAGACAGAGGGAAAUCUCUUAUUGAAAGGAGUGAUUUAAAUGGAAAGCAUCGUGAAAUAAUAAUUAAGGAGGACCUUUCUCAGCCACGAGGAAUUGCUGUUCAUCCAAAGACCAAGAGAUUAUUCUGGACUGAAAUGGGGAUUAAUCCACGAAUUGAAAGCUCUUCCCUCCAAGGCUUUGGCCGACUGGUUAUAGCUAGCUCUGAUCUGGUGUGGCCCAGUGGAAUAACGAUUGACUACUUAACUGACAAGUUGUAUUGGUGUGAUGCCAAGCAAUCUGUGAUUGAAAAGGCCAAUCUGGAUGGUUCAAAACGUCAAAGACUUGCCCAGAACGAUGUAGGCCACCCAUUUGCUGUAGCUGUGUUUGAGGAUCACCUGUGGGUCUCUGACUGGGCUAUGCCAUCUGUAAUAAGGGUGAACAAGUGGACUGGCAAAAAUAGGGUACGUCUCCGAGGCAGCAUGCUGAAGCCCUCGUCACUGGUUGUAGUUCAUCCAUUGGCAAAACCAGGAGCAGAUCCCUGCUUACACCACAAUGGAGGCUGUGAACAUAUUUGUGAAGAGAAGUUUGGAACUGCUUGGUGUUCAUGUCAUGAAGGUUUUAUGAAAGCCCCAGAUGGGAAAAUGUGUCUGGCUUUGAAUGAUCAUCAGCUGUCGGCAGGUAGUGAAUCAGAUCUCAGUAAUCAAGAACCACCACUGGACAACUUGUCCAGGAGUAGAGUGUUUGAAGAUGACAUUACAGAAGGGGUGCAGCUUCAAUACAUGCUAGUGGCUGAAAUCAUGGUGUCAGAUCAAGAUGACUGUGCUCUCAUGGGAUGUGAUGCACAUGCUGAAUGUGUUUCAGAGGGAGACAACACCAGGUGUCAGUGUUUGAAAGGAUUUGCUGGGGACGGAAAACUAUGUUCUGAUAUAGAUGAAUGUGAGAUGGAUGUCACAGUUUGCCCUCCAACCUCAUCCAAGUGCAUCAAUACUGAAGGUGCUUAUGUCUGUGGGUGCUUAGAAGGCUACCGAGGAGAUGGAGUUCACUGUCUUGAUAUUGAUGAAUGUCAACUGGGUGUGCACACCUGUGGAGAAAAUGCUACCUGUAUCAAUACAGAGGGAAACUACACCUGUGAGUGUGCUGGGGCCCUGUCUGAACCCGGACUGAUUUGCCCUGACUCUACUUCACCCACUCAUCUCAGGGAUGAUGACCUCAAUCCUGUCAGAAAUAGUUAUCCCGGAUGUCCCCCGUCACAUGAUGGGUACUGCCUCCAUGGUGGUGUGUGCAUGUACGUUGAACCGGUAGACAGUUAUGCGUGCAACUGUGUCGUGGGCUUCGUGGGGGAGCGCUGUCAGCACCGAGACUUGUGGGAGCUGCGCCACGCCGGCCAAGGGCGGCAGCGGGACAUCACCGUGGUGGCGGUCUGCGUGGUCGCGCUGGUCCUGCUUCUGGUCCUGGGGAUCUGGGGUGCUCACUAUUACAGGACUCAGAGGCUGCUAUCGAAAAACCCAAAGAAUCCAUAUGAAGAGUCGAAUGGUGAUAUGAAUGGUAGCAGGCCUGGUGACAGCGAGGCUGGGAUGUCUUCUUGUCCCCAACCUUGGUUUGUGGUUAUAAAGGAACAUGAAGCCAUCAGGAAUGGCGGUCAAGCUUUGGCCCUCAGAGAUGGCCCAGCAACAGAUGAUGGUUCAUUGCAACUGACAUCGUGGAGGAAAGAACCCCAGAUGUAUGGAAUGGGUACAGAGCAAGGCUGCUGGAUUCCACCAUCCAGUGAUAAUGGCUCUGGUUUCCAGGGAAUGGAGCAAAGAUUUCAUCCACUGUCCUACAGAGCACAGCCCGUUGCUGUGGGGAUUGAGAAGCCUGUCAGCUAAUCCGUUAGGACAACAAAGAGCUCCAGCUAGACCACACCAAAUGGAGCCGACUCAGUGAAAACUGGAAUUAAAAGGAAGAUUGAGAAGAAUGAAACGUGUCAAUGGACAGUACAUUUCCUUCCAAAAAAUAGAGGAAAAAUACAGAUUCUAAUUCCACAGAUAUCUCCACUUAGUGUCCUGGAGACAAAUAUUAUAGGUGUGCCUUUUAUCUUCCUUCCUACAGUCCCACUGCAUAUUUUCAAAUAAGAAGAAUGAGGAGAAUCACUAGAUUAUUAUAUUAGAAACCGAAAUUGGGACUGUAGUGCUAUAUGAACUGUAUUGUCUUCAACAAUCAAUACAGAUAGAUGUUCAUUUUCCUGAUGCCCCGGAAGAAAUCUGGGGUUAAGGCAGGCAAUCACCAUGGUUUGAUCAGUUCUAAAGUAAAUUCUUUAAUCUGGACAAAACAUUCAGCUCAAUCUCAUGAAAUGAUUAGAAUAUGAAAAUUGUUAGGAUACCUUGCAGGCGUUUAACUUAUCAUUAGUGUGGUCCAUGUUGGUAAUUAAGCAGAAUGAAUUGUGAUAAAUUAAUGAAAAAAUGUGGCAACGUGGAACUUGAUUUCUUCAGAAUGUGGUGGCUUAUUUUUUUCUAUUUAAAAAUCUGUGGAUAAAAAGAUUUAAUUCUUAAAACAUUACCCAAGAGACUUCAGUGUUUCUCAGUCAUUACUAUUCUUCCCCUGAACAGAUUUUUUUCCCCAAUGAAAAUGGUAAAUGCUCCCUUUGUGUGUUUGCACAGAAUUUUACUUAAUCUUUAAUGUGGGAUUGUAAGCAAAUGACCUGAUUCCUUUUCAUUAUGGACAGUGAUCAAUUUCUUCUAAUUAUUUAAAUAAAACCACAAUAAAACAUAAAACAUUUAUUGUACCUCUGUCUAAAUAGUUAACUAUAAUCUUAGAGGGCAUUAGAAUUGAACCAAAAGGAAUUGCCAAGCUUGCUGUUGUUACUCUAAAAUAAUAUUCGAAAUCGAGCUCUCUUUUUAUACCCUGUAAGGUAAAAUUUCACAUGGUGUUCUAAUUAAAUGUCUAUUUUACAGCUCAGGAAUUGCUACUGCAGAGAACACAACCUGAUACAUUAACUUUGGAUUGUUUGGGACUUGUGAUUAUUCAAUUUAUGCAUUAACUAGGUC